GCUGACCCCAGAUGCUGCAGAAUCGUGGAGGAGACACAACUAGGAAGACCAGUGUGUCAUUUGGAUGAGAAGUUGACAAUCAUCUAGAAAGUCAGGGUGCACAGCCCAGACUUCGUUACGAAGGACCUCACACAGACAAUGACAGAAGAUGAUAUUGUUGGCCUUGCGGAGAUACCAUUGUACCAUGCAUUUGACCUCGCAGAAUCAAUCCUGCUUGCCUUAUGAUAUCGCGCCCUAAUUUGAGUAGCAUGCAACAUCCACCUUGCCAUUUGCAGCUCAAGUAGAGUUUGGCAAAUCCCAUUGUGUCGCCUUUGACACUCUCCUUUUUAUUACGAGUGGGUAGUGGCUACAGUGGCGCCGAUGGUUUGGAGGCUCGGGAGGUGGACCGCAGCGGUGCUGGUUUGUAGCACUGGGGCCCAUCCACGUCACGGUCUCGACGUGGAGGUCACUGACCACAGACACGUAGCGAGACAUCCCAGAAUACAGAGAUCAGCACCUUCUUCACAGGCUCAGCUGCACGUCUCACACGAAGGGAGGUCCGACCCGGUCGAGGAGCCCUCGGACGAGCCCAGAAAGCCAGCCUGCUCGCCAGACGUGGAGCUGCUUCAGCAUGUCCUGACAGGCCCUCAAAAGCUAAGGAGUAGCUACUUCAAGGAUGGGGAUGCCUUCCAGGGGCUCGAGAGCGAGGAGUUCGCGCGCAUGAACCUGACCUUGCCUCGUGGCUGUCAGAAGUGGAAGAGCGAGCCGCACUGUUGCAAGCCUCAGUUCUUUAAGAAGAUCAGUGCUACAACUGUUGUGGAAGAUCUGAACUUUGUGCGAGACCAAUACGCCAACUUCAAGGAGGACAUCAUAGAUGAAGCUGAGAAGACGGCGGAUGAGUCGACUACGAAACUAUUGAAGGAGGCAGCGGAUCUGGCAGCUCCAGGGAUCCAGGCAGUUCUGGACUUCAUUGACAGCUGUGAAGAUCCGAUCCGACUCUUCUUCUCAUCGAUGGCAUGUAGUCUUUGUGCUUCCAACCUUCAUCAGAACCUCACAGAGCAGCAGACGCUGCACGUGAGUGCCGAGAGCUGUGGGAAUCUGAAGAGCAGUUGCCAGAAGAUGCCGCAACGCCUAGAAGAAGCCGGGAGGGCUUUCCUCCACGCACGUGAUCUUCUGAAGAAGGGCCAGAGUGAGGACCCGUGGUAUCAGCACUCACAGACCUGGCUGGAUCGGGCCGGGAAGCUCGCCCUGCUGCGGUCGAAGCACGUGAACUUCUACAAGACCGAGGACUUUUGCAAGGCCAUUGAACAUCAAGGCUUCGUUUACACUCCAGAGCUCUGGGGCAAUGUCUUGAUGCUUCACAUCUCCUCGUUAGCCACAGAUGAAGAGCAGCAGAGCUUCCUUUCACAGGACGAACUGCGCUACUUUAUUCCCAAGGAAGGAGAAGUCCAGAAGCUCAAGGAGGAAGCCAUGAACAUCGAAAGUGAAUUCAAAGGUCUGGACGCAGAGGCGUUCGUUCAGGUGCAUUCGAAGGAGGUCAACGAAGUCCACAUCUUGAAGUUCGAGGAGUUGAAGUGUGUCCACGGAAAGAAAAUGGGAAAUCAUUGUUCUUGCUCUCCCUGCUGGACUGGCAUCGAGUGUGACAAGCCGAUGUCUCCUGGGCCAUACACGGAACAGGACUUCGAGCCGUUGGUGGUGCAGAUCAACCAGGGUGCGCAGCAGUCCUUGGCCAUCCAAGGCUGUGACCUUCAUGUAGACCUGCGGCACCAGCUUGCGCGGAUCACUUUGAUUCCGCUCCCUUCAUCUCAACGACUCCCAGAAAAGGGCAUGCAGGAUUCUCUUUGCCGAGAUCGGGCAAAGGGCAACAACGGCACAGAGGCAUUGAAGAUACGCAUUCCUGAGACAGCCUCUCAGAAGGAAUAUGUGUACCUGAUUGAUGUACCUCUGGGUGAUGCAAAUUGGUAUCAAGUGUGUUACUGCUAUGGGGUUGAGUGCACAGAUGAAGAUGGACUUCAUGCUUGGCAAAGCCUUGGAGAUGUGCAGGUGGUGAGGACUCAUCAAGAGCGGGAUGAGAUCGUUUUGGAGAUGUUCAGCAAGGAGGCGAUCUUGGCUCGCCGUCAGCGCGAGAAAGAAGGCAAAAAGAACUGCAGCCACGACUGGAACCUCCCGAAAGAUACCACGUUCUAUGAAGAGAACUUCGGGGACACGGUGCGCUUCAAAUGUCGCGAAGGCUACUCUACCCCGAAAGGAGUUUCCGAGCUCGUUUGUGACGGGGGUAUUUGGAAGGUCGCUUCGAGUUCUUCCAGCAGCACCGCGGCUUCGCCGGUGAAGCUGACUGCUGACAUGGAGACAUGGGAUGCGGAACUCCCACAGUGCGCGUGGAUGAAUGCUGCAAGUUGCUCCAAUGAGUCAGGGAUUGAUGUCAUCGAAAAAGAUAGUGGCUCUAUAGUGGUGAAUACAUUCUCUGCAGACGGCCUGGUCCACUACAGGUGUCUGCAGCAGGACAGUACACAGCCAAUGAGACUGGUGGUGAAGGGCUUCCCGGAGGUUUUCCAACCCAAAGACCAGGUGGUGGUGAACCGCACGCAGAUCGCUCAAGUGCUCAGCUAUGACGACCAGACACAGACAUACCAGGUAAGAUUACUCACAGGACUCAAUAAAGAUAAAGAAGAAAGGCCCGAACACUUGGAAUGGCUCAUGAAGGAGACCUCCUUCACGCGGAAGUGUGAAGGGGACAAGUUCACUCCAAGCAAUGUGACAGUGCGUUGCUUGAUGGUGAUUCCCACAGACGAUGAUGUGGUGAAUUUCGAGCCAGCGGCAGAAGAAGCAGCAUACCACCUGGGCUGGCAGGCAAGCUCCCUGAUGCAGCAACAGGAAGAGACGAAGCAGAUCUUUCAGCAGGCCACGAAGGAGGAGCAACUCCAUGGCGAGGCCUGGGAGGCAGAUCAGCCUCUUUUGCUGCAGCCCUGGCCGCUGAGACUGUCGUUGGACAAAGGCCGGGCUUUCCAUGUGGAUGCCUGUUGGACCAGCCCGUUGAACUGCAGCGAUGGGCAGCCUGCAGAGGAUACUGUGAGAUAUUUGCAGAAAGAGCCUGUCUUGCCAGAAGAUUCUCAUGAUCCUCAGUCAAGGAUGAUGUCCCUCGGAGGAUGCCUCACCGUGGCUGUGCUUCUGGUGCUUCUGGGCUGGUCUGGCUUUCGCCACAUCAAGUGAAGCUCCAGGCUCCAGCAGCACGAGCAGCAGUGGCUUGACCUUCAAAGAAUGUCAAGAAAUCACCAGCACUUGAGCUGUGUC